AUGGAGGACAACAGCCAUUGGGGUGGCACCGAAGAUACUAUAGACGACCCAGAGGAGAAAAAGGUCAUCUGCUGCGCCUUGGACUCCUAUCUCCAAUAUGCCAAGGUAGCCCAUUUCAACGUGACACACCUACGGAGGCAGAGCUUCUACGCCCUACCCCAGGCGCAGUGGCAGAUGCUUGCGAAGCCGCCAUUUCAUUUCCUCGACACCUUGGACAAGACGGACGAUGCCAUAGACGCCAACGCCGAGCUGGCCCGUGCCAUCGCCAGCAACGGCCUCCGGUCCUUCCACAUGACCGGCUCCGGAUCCGGAUCCAGCUCCGAAGGCACCUGCACCGCUGGCGACGACGCGGAACCCGUCAUGCCCCGGGAAUGGCAAGGCGUGGCCAAACACACCGACAUCGACAAGGCCCGCAGCACCCUUCGUCAGUUCUACCGGGACUGGACCGCCGAGGGCGCCGCCGAACGUGCCGCCAGCUUCGCGCCCGUCUUCCGCGCCGCCGAGCAACAGAGGGAACGGUGCCAGCGUCCCAGUCCGCCCGACGCUGACUCCGACGCCGAAGCCGACGCCGACGCCGACGCUGACGGCCGGCUCAAAGUGCUCGUCCCCGGCGCCGGGCUCGGACGCCUCGUCUUCGAUCUGUGCCGCAUGGGCUUCGACGCCGAGGGCAACGAGAUCUCCUACCACCAGCUCCUCGCCUCCGCCUACGUGCUCAACUGCACCCAGCGCGCCGGCCAGCACACCAUCUACCCCUGGAUCCACUCCUUCUCCAACCACCUCACCAGGCGGAACCACCUCCGCGGCUACGCGGUGCCCGACCUCCACCCGGCCACCGAGCUGGCCCUCACCCCCGCCGCGGGCGAGAUGUCCAUGUGCGCCGCCGACUUCCUCUGCCUCUACAGCGACGAGAACCACGAGGCGCUGUACGACGUCGUCGCCACCGUGUUCUUCCUCGACACGGCCCCCAACCUGAUCCGCUACCUCGAGGCCAUCUUCCACUGCCUGAAGCCCGGCGGCAUCCUCGUGAACGUCGGCCCGCUGCUGUGGCAUUUCGAGAACCACGCCCCGGGGAACCACGGCCGGGACGACGACGGGGACGGGGAGCACGAUUACAACAACUCAUCGGGCAUCGCCGACCCGGGGAGCUUUGAACUGGCUGACGAUGAGGUGAUGGCCCUCGUCGAGACGUUGGGGUUCGUCGUGGAAUCGAGGGAGACUGGUGUGGAAGCGCCCUACAUCCAGGACGCCGAUUCCAUGCUGCGGACCAUCUACAGGGCUAGCACGUGGGUUGCUCGCAAGCCGGCGCCGUCAUGA